CAUAUUGUGACGUCAUGUCUACAGUCUGUCAAGAUGGCGGCGCCCGCUGACAGGUCGUGUGCUGUGGAACAGCUGUUUGCAAGGUAGUGAGUUGCGUCUGUAACACAAAGUUGACAAGAUGUCGCAUCGGAAAUACUCAGUCGUAAGAUGGCAUUAGAUGACAAGCCUGAAGAAUCGGUGAUAUAAUAUUAGAGGGAAAAUGUUUGCGCCUGUGUGGACGCGACUGUCAUUUACAGUCCAGUCCGUACCAGGGCGGAGGACAUUGGGUCUAUUUUCCAGCCCAGCACCUUCAAACUGGAGUAAAGUGGUGUCUGACGCCGAGAAGAUCGUGGGUUAUCCAAGUUCUUUCAUGAGCCUCCGGUGCCUACUCAGUGAUGAGUUCAGUAACGUCGCCAUGCAUGUCAAGAAACUGGUCGGAACCCAACACCCUCUACUUAACACCGCAAGAGGUUUUGUCUAUGACAGCAGGAACAACCUUCAGAUGAGAGGACUAGUUGUCCUUCUUCUCUCAAAAGCUGCAGGACCAAGCCACACAUCCUCAGAUCUCUUAUCUCACGACAUGGUCAGCGGCAUCUACCCAAGCCAGCGCAAUUUGGCAGAAAUCACUGAAUUGAUCCACACGGCAUUCCUGGUGCAUCGUGGAGUUGUCAAUUUGAAAGAGUUGACGGCUUCUGACGGCCUGCUGAAGGACAUGGAGUUUGGGAAUAAGAUGGCUAUUCUGAGCGGAGACUUCCUUCUUGCAAAUGCUUGUACCGGAUUGGCACAGUUAAACAACACCAAGGUUGUUGAACUGAUCUCCAGUGCCAUCGGUGAUUUAGUUCAAGGAAUCUACUACGAGAGUUCCAAUAACACUGAGGAGAAUAAUAUCACCACUGAAGUCAGCACUGCAGCAUGGGAGGAGCAGACAUUCCUGUCUCACGGGGCGCUGCUGGCCAAGAGUUGCCAAGCCGCCAUGGAGCUGGCACAACACGAUAAAAAGUCCCAAAGACUGGCCUACAAAUACGGCAAGCACCUAUCCUUAGGCCACAAGCUAAACUCUGACCUGCAGCCAUUUGUGAAGAGCAACGUAGGAGAGCAGGUGCCUUUCAGUUUUAGCGCCGCUCCUGUGAUUUUUCACCGUCACAUCAUUGGCCCUGAGCGAUGGCAGCAGCAACUGCAGCAGGCAAAAACAAUGAGAAACCAACUCGAUUACGCCAAGCUUUUGGCAGCAGUUAAGUCAGAGAAAGGCGUGAGUUCGGCAGUCAACUUAUGCUGUUACCAUGGCAACAGGGCUCUGGAGGCCAUCCAGGCUUUCCCCUCCUCCGAGGCUCGAUCUGCCUUGGAAAACAUCGCCGCCCCCAUCACCAAAUUUUGACCAGGAUUCACUUAAAUGCACACAAACACACACACGCACACAUUUGUGAUUUUAAAAGUGAAGCGCCAUUGGUCCUUUUGUGCAGAGGCCAGCAAAAUGAUGACUUGACUUAUGAAAACAAAUUCAUUAAAUCAGGUGCUCUCUCGUGGACUCUUUGAACAGUUGAGCUAAAUUGUGAAUGUGCUGCAACAGCAUAGAUUUUACUUCUUGGAAAAAUACAAAAAAUUUAGGUUCAUGCUUUAAAUUAGCAUUGAUGCAUAGUCUUCAUUUUUUUUUCCAUGUUUAUCUGCAAAGGCUAGGAAUGGAAGUUGAAAUUUCGCCAGAAAGGAAUUAAGACCUUCAAAGAUUAAAGGAGUUUAAGAGACAUCAGUAUAGGUUUUGCUUUGUUUGCCUUUUGGGUGUUUUUUUUUUUUUUUGUGAUGCAUAUUCCAAAAGAAGAACUAGCCUCAAAAAGGGGAGAGAAAUAAGUGAGAAAAUAUGAAUAUACACCAGAAACUGAUGUAAGAGAACUCUUAGUUAAAGCAGUAAGACUACAGCAUCGGUUGUUGACAAAGUUAAUAAGGACCCAAGGAAGCAUAAGGCAAAAUGUUUUACCAUGGUUAACUUCUUCAACGUGUGGGACAGAUGCAAAUGUUUCAUUUUAAUGGUGUGUGAGCUGGGGUUGUCCAGACUAGUCAAUUUGUCGACUUUACUACCCCACAAUGACUUUUAAAGCGUGAUGUUGACUAGUCGCUAAUCAUGUGUUUUUGGCAUGAUGAGGAGGCAGAGUGAGGGUUUUUUUUUUUUUUUAUGCGUGUGCUGAGUCAGUCAUCUCAAUUGUUUUAAUUGUCUUCUAUUUUUGAAUGUGCAGCUUUAGUAAAGUGUGGCAGAACCAGGUAAGGGAGCCCCCCACAAUGCAGAACCAGCUGCUCUGGUGCACCCAGAACGAGGACAGGUUCCCCCAUUUGGCCAAGUCGUGCAAACGUUACCCGACUGCCCCAGCAGCAAGCACACCGAGCGAGAGGUAGUUUUUUUUUUUCCUGGCUGGAAAUACCGUCAUGUGACAGCUGGCCAGCCGCACCGGUCCUCCUGUGUUUUAAAAGUACAACCAAACUAAUUUUCGUGUUUUGUCUCUAAAUACAUUGUUAGAGGAUAAGUGCUGAAAACGUGCAAAGACUGAGAAUAAUAUAGUACUGAAUUGUUGAGCUAUGUCUUAAAUUUCCCAUAGGUGUGAAUGUGAUUGCGAAUGAUUGCUUGUCUGUAUGUGUCCUGCGAUUGGCUGGCGACCAGAUCAGGGUGUACCCCACCUCUCGCCCAGAGUCAGCUGGAAUAGGCUCCAGCAUGCCUGCAACCCUAGUGAGGAUAAGCGGUACGGAAGAUGAAUUAAUGGCUUAAAACUCCCCUUCUAAAUGGUCCUGAUUUUGUGGGCGGGGCUGAGCACUAGCCACGUGACGUCCACUAUAUAAAAAUCAGGCGCCCUUAUUCCCGGCAGUGGCCAUUUGGUGGAAUUGCACUUGUUCAUAAAUAACUUAAGUUCUACCAGUGUAGCGGGCAAUUAUAUACAUUUACAUAUCAUUAUAUACAUUAUGUACAUAUAGACAAUUUAUUUAUCUUUCAUACUGAUGUCACUGUCUCUUUUUUUUCCUGUCACUCCCCUUUAAACCACCUUCUGUCCGGCUGAAAUUUUCAAUAAAUCGCCAUCAGAAUACAAAGAACCACAGUAUAAAAACUCCACUGUGGCACAGUAAAACUGUUCAGGCAAAAGGGACAGAGCUUCUCCAUUCUGCUUGACCUAACAGCCGAACAGGAUAAAAAAAAAAAAAGAAAGUAUAGUGUGCAAUUGGCCAUGAGACUAUGCCCACAACUUGAAACAAGUUACAUCUUCCCUGAAGUGUAAUGUGUUAUUUGUGCACUUGCUGUCUGGCACCACCCCGGUUGUAUUGCGAGGCCGCGAGCGAACCGAGCCCAUUGCCAGCCCGACAGCGGUUAGAGAAGCCGCUAGCGGUCCAGCGGCAACAACAGUGUUACGGCCAGAUGUCAGCCUGUUGCCUGGCACGCGGGCGUGGAGGAGGAGGAGAAAAAUUCAUCCAUGGGGAACGGUGCAAAUCACGCGGUUGUGGCCACUUGGUGCACUCUUUGGCGGCUACAGAAGCACGUUGUCCCGCUGACUUUCAAAGGAGGGAAAGGAGCCAUGAGAGAAGGAUGUACAUGAGAAGUAAGGGCCUGUAUUUGAUUGACAGCUGAAAGUUCCGGGGAGGUGGGAUUUUCUGAGCUCUUAGCUCCCACAGCGUCUGCAAGCUGAAACAAUGUCUCAAUCGUGACCAUUUUCAAGCCUGGUUUCCCAUACUUAACUGUUUUGUUUUUAUUUUAAAUCCAUUAAUUGUAUGGAUUGUUAACAAGGCUCUUUUCCGUCGUGUCAAAUUUACGAGACUUUUUUGGGUCGUAUUGUUUGCAAUUUAACGUGUAUGCUGUGUGACUUGGUGUUGUUUUUUUACAUAGCAAUGUCAAACAUUAUGUAAUUGACCCCUGAAUUGGUUGAUUUCUAUUUCCUAUGGGGAAAAAAUAGUCUACAACCUUGAACAAAUCAGAAGUCAACAAGCUUCUUUAUUUAUAGUUUUCAAUUGUGAUUUUUAAGUGGAAAAGUUUCCCAUAAGAAGCAAGUAAUCCUUUCAGCUGCAUUUGAUCACAUCUGCACAUUUGACAAAUGGACAAACUUCCCCAAAUAGUCAUGUUCUAUCAAAUAUUUUGAUCAGUUGAUAAGUGUAACAAUUGUUGGGUUCUUAACUUGAGUUUGACAUGAUAUUCCCUCCCUAGAGAAGGAAAUGGCACAAAAAGUGAUCCGUGUCACCGUAUUGUGUCUGUGAUGUGAUCCAAGUCAAGUCAGGGGCGGGCAAGGGUCACCCAGCCCUCUUCGCUUGGCCCAGCCAGCCAGAACAUUGAAGCUUCUCAAAGCAGUAAUUAUUAAUGAAGAGACUUGAGCAAAUGGACAGGAAAUGCAGAGCUAUUGAUUGGGCUCGGCUGCCCCGCCCCGAGCUGCGCGAGCUGGCGCCAGCACUGUAGCCUGUGGUUUCCCCGGGCCGCCAUCUGCAAGGGAGGGAAUGUCGAGGUGUGAAACUAUGCGGGCCGCUUGCUGGCAGCUGUCCGUCACAGCAAGGCCCUACAUGAAGGACAGGACGAGGCCGCAUGAGAUGCUUGGACGUUCUGUUUCUGACAAAACGCCUUAUGUCAUGGGUGUCCAAAGUCUGUCCCGGGGGCCAUCAUAAAAUCAAACAGACAGCAUUAAAUGGUUAUGAGAAAAACUUCAAAUGUUAAAUGUCAAAUGUUAAAAAGUAACUCAUUGGGUUUUUUUGUAUUAAAAAUAAAUAAAUGGAACAAAAGUUGAAUGUGGCACGGUGGACGACUGGUUAGAGCGUCAGCCUCACAGUUCUGAGGUGCCGGGUUCAAUCCCCGUCCCCGCCUGUGUGGAGUUUGCAUGUUCUCCCCGUGCCUGCGUGGGUUUUCUCCGGGCACUCCGGUUUCCUCCCACAUCCCAAAAACAUGCAUUAAUUGGAGACUCUAAAUUGUCUCCAACCAGUUCAGGGUGUACCCCGCCUUCUGCCCGAUGACAGCUGGGAUAGGCUCCAGCAUGCCCGCGAGGAGAAGCGGCUCAGAUAAUGGAUGGAUGGAAAAGUUGAAUGUUGCAAGAUAUCAAAUUUUACUUUAAUUAAUUUCAAUUGUUUCAAUUUUUUAUGUAAACGUUAGGUCAUGAAUUAAUGUCUUCAGUUAAAUGGUUCAGUUGCUUUAUUGUUUAAUGUUAUGUGUGUUAAUAUUUUGUUUUAAUGUUUGCUUUGGGGGCGGCACAGUGGCCUCACAGUUCUGUGGUGCCGGAUUCAAAUCUGGCCUUCCUUUGUGGAGUUUGCAUUUUCUCCCUGUGCCUCUGCGGGUUUUCUUCAGGUACACACUUUCCGAAAACAUGCAUGGUCGGUUAAUUGAAGACUCUAAAUAGUCCGUCGGUGUGAAUGGUUGUUUGUUUAAAAGUGCCCUGUGAUUGGCUGGCCUCUUGCCCAAAGUCAGCAGGGAUUGACGCCAGAGGGUUAGAGAAUGGAUGCAUAUUUGGUUUGGGUUGUAUUGUUUUGGGCACAGUUUUUUUUAAAUGCAUGUUGGGUUGACUGAAUGCAGAGGUCUUUCCAUAUACUUUUAAGAUGGCCAUUGUCAGGCCCCUCAUGAAGAAAAAUAUGGCAAACAGGUCCUAGGUGAGGGACCAGACAAAGCACAGCCCCAAAACACCCUAUGAUGUUAAAAAAUUCGGGAAGACGUUUUCCCUUGCCCGGAAGCGGGUCACCGGGGGCCCCUCUGGAGCCAGGCCUGGAGGUGGGGCUCGAAGGCGAGCGCCUGGUGGCCGGGCCUGUACUCAUGGGGCCCGGCCGGGCACAGCCCGAAAGGGUAACGUGUGUCCCCCUUCCCAUGGGCUCACCACCUGUGGGAGGGGCCAUAGGAGUCGGGUGCAGUGUGAGCUGGGCGGUGGCCGAAGGUGGGGACCUUGGCGAUCCGAUCUACAGAAGCUGGCUCUCGGGACGUGAAAAGUCCCCUCUCUGGCAAGUAAGGAGCCCGAGCUGGUGUGUGAGGUCGAGAAGUUCCGACUCGAUAUAGUCGGACUCGCCUCCACGCACAGCUUGGGCUCUGGUACCAGUCCUCUCGAGAGGGGUUGGACUCUCUUCCACUCUGGAGUUGCCCACGGUGAGAGGCACCGUGCAGGUGUGGGUAUACUUAUUGCUCCCCGGCUCAGCGCCUGUACGUUGGGGUUCACCCCGGUGGACGAGAAGGUAACCUCCCUCCGCCUUCGGGUGGUGGGACGGGUCCUGACUGUUAUUUGUGCCUAUGCACUAAACAGCAGUUCAGAGUACCCACCCUUUUUUGGAGUCCUUGGAGGGGGUGCUGGAGAGCCCUCCCGCUGGGGACUCCAUCGUUCUGCUGGGGGACUUCAAUGCUCACGUGGGCAAUGACAGUGAGACCUGGAAGGUCCCCCCGAUCAGAACCCAAGCGGUGUUCUGUUAUUGGACUUAUGUGCUCAUCACGGAUUGUCCAUAACGAACACCAUGUUCAAGCAUAAGGGUGUCCACACGUGCACUUGGCACCAGGACACCCUAGGUCGCAGUUCAAUGAUCGACUUUGUAGUCGUGUCAUCGGACUUGCGGCUGCAUGUCUUGGACACUCAGGUGAAGAGAGGGGCGGAGCUGUCAACUGAUCACCACCUGCUGGUGAGGUGGCUCCGAUGGUGGGGGAAGAUGCCGGUCCGACGUGGCAGGCCCAAACGUAUUUUGAGGGUUUGGUGGCCUCCGUAUUGCAUCUCUGCUUUUUGCAGAUGAUGUGGUUCUGUUGGCUUCAUCAAGCUGUGAGCUCCAACUCUCACUGGAGCAGUUCGCAGCCGAGUGUGAAGCGGCUGGGAUGAGAAUCAGCACCUCCAAAUCUGCCAUGGUCCUCAGUCGGAAAAGGGUGGCGUGCCCACUCCAGGUCGGGGAUGAGAUCCUGCCCCAAGUGGAGGAGUUCAAGUAUCUUGGGGUCUUGUUCACGAGUGAGGCAAGAAUGGAACGGGAGAUCGACAGGCGGAUCGGUGCAGCGUCUGCAGUGAUGCUGACUUUGUAUCGAUCCAUUGUGGUAAAGAAGGAGCUAAGCCAAAAGGCGAAGCUCUCGAUUUACUGGUCGAUCUACGUUCCUACCCUCACCUAUGGUCACGAACUGUGGGUCCGAAAGAACAAGAUCCCGGAUACAAGCGGCCGAAAUGAGUUUCCUCCGCAGGGUGUCCGGGCUCUCCCUUAGAGAUAGGGUGAGAAGCUCGGUCAUCCGGGAGGAUUUCAGAGUAGAGCCGCUGCUCCUCCACAUCGAGAGGAGCCAGAUGAGGUGGCUGGGGCAUCUGAUUCGGAUGCCUCCCGGACGCCACCCUGGUGAGGUGUUCCGGGCACGUCCCACCGGGAGGAGACCCCAGGGACGACCCAGGACACGCUGGAGAAUACUACAUCCUGCGGCUGGCCUGGGAACGCCUCGGGAUCCCCCCCAGAAGAGAUGGAUGAAGUGGCUGGGGAGAGGGAAGUCUGGGCGUCCCUGCUUAAGCUACUGCCCCCGUGACCCGACCUCGGAUAAGCGGUAGAAAAUGGAUGGAUGGAUGAGGGUAAACGGAAGAAAGUAAAUAAGGCGUACGAAAAUGGAAAUCAGGACAUCGUGUGUCUUCACUGGGCUAAACUAAAUGAACAUUUGAUGCGUUGAGUCUGAGCGGGAGAAGGCAAAGUUGGGAUUUUGUAUGAAGCUAGUAAUUUCCCCACAAUUAUUACGCACUGAUGUUGUACAUCACCGUAAGGAUUGCAGUGUCGACUCACAAACGCUGAUCAGCUGGUCUUUGAGGGUGGUCUACCUCCGGAUCUCAAGUGGAAACGAAGGAGGUUUGGUUGAAGGAAACCCAGAUGCACAAAAAGAAAAAAGAAAUAGAAAAGGAAAGUUGUUGUCCCAUUUGGGAUGCGCUCAUAACUUCCCUGCCGGUUGACCUGGUGGCGAGCCGAGCUCUGGCCCUGAGAGACGUGCAGGAUCCGUCAGGGAUCCCAGCAGCUGCUCGUUGAGGCCCCGCCGACCGAUCGUGGCUAGGGAAAGAGAUCGGAGCCGCAUGGUCGAGUUCUUCGAUUGAAAACGCCGCCGGCUUAGUUGCGGGGGGUGUUCGCGCACGUGGUGGCACCUGGAGGUGCCCGAGGACAAAAAGGGAACAAAAGAAGGGGGAGGGGUGGCAAGAGGCCACUCAGCUGCCGAGCAACCAGCACAGAAGUAAAAAGAAGCCUACUCCAGUUCUGUUCUCCUCUGAGAAAGGUGUGAGUUUAGAGUUAAAUACCCCAGGGGCGGGGCAUAGGAAGAGGGCCGACUUGGAGAGGACCACGCCCACUAGCCUGAAUCUUUGAGUCAAAUUUGAGUAAAUAGGUUUUAAAAUAAUCAUCUCAAACACUCCCAACUUUAUACUCUCACGCAUAGAAUCAUUGUUUAAACUUUGGUCGUGGAAGAUGGGUUGCUUAUUGUUCAAUACAACAUUUCGUACUGUUUGAUUUAAAAUCAUGAACAGCUUUCAAAAUCAUGUAGAGGACCUGUCAAAGUGAGAAUGGGAACACAGACACCAAGGCAUACAUUUGGAAUAUUUCUACAGUUUGCAAGGUAUAAAAACGGGCAUUUUAUCUUCUGUUAACAAACAAAGGAAUGUCCACAAGUUCUGCAUGCAGUUCCUCUCAACGCCAUUGGGUGGCGCCUCACGUGCAUGGGUGAAUAUUAACCACAUAGUCUGCUUGAAGGGAGUGUCUCUCCAAUCCUUUGGUCGGGGAAGAAGUCUUUUGAAGACAGGAAUCAAGAUUUGAAGGGAAGCUGCUAAUUAGGUUAAGGUCCACUUUACGUACACCAGGCAUUGUCCUAGUUGCCGUCUCACAGCAAGACAGCAUGGAGGAGUGGGAGUUCUCAGGUGGUCACGAGUCUCUGUGACGCCUCAAAAUUGCGGCGUGCAUGUCCGCUACAUUAUCAUGUCAGGAGGUCACACGUUGGACUGCGGUGUUCCCCAAGGGUCAAUUUUAGGUCCAACACAUUUUCGUUGUAUACAUGUUGCCACUUGGCGAAGUCAUCAGGAGACACAGAAUUAUUUUUCAUUGGUAUGCUGAUGACACUCAGCUUUAAAUAUACAUUUCUCCUGAUGACCACACCCCGUUUGGUACUCUUUUUAACUGUAUUUUAGAAAUAAACUCAUGGAUGGCUGAAAACUUCCUUCAGCUCAACCAGGACAAAUUGAUGUUUCAGUUAUUGGUCCUGAAACUUAGAGAGAGAAACUAAUGUUAAAAUUACAACAGCUUUCUUUUAACCCAUCAGACAAAGUUAAAAAAUUGGGCGUUAUCGUUGACUCUGGCCUAACUUUUAUCCCACGUCAAUAACAUAGUAACAAAUGGAUUUUACCACUGGAUUUUAAACAUUGACAGAGUCCGCCCGCUCACAUUGAUUACUGUAAUGCACUCCUUUCUGGUCUCCCUAAAAAAACGAUUCAUAACUUGCAACUACUGCAGAAUUCAGCAGUCCGUGUGCUAACGAGGACCAGAAAGAGGGAGCACAUCACUCCCCUUUUAGAGGCCCUGCAUUGGCUCCCUGUGUGUUUCAGGGUCGAUUUUAAGGUUCUUUUAUUAAUUUAUAAAACACUUAAUGGUGUUGCCCUCUCUUAUCAAGAAGACCUUCUUUUAUCAAACCAACCCUCGAGGACCCUCAGGUCCUCCGGUACUGGCCUUUUAGUAAUACCCAGAGUCAGUUCUAAAUCCCAUGGCGAGGCAUCAUUCCAAUUAGACUACUACUACCGGAGGAGGUCAGGGCCGAAGAGAGCAUUGAUAUUUUUAAAAGGAGGCUAAGAACUAAGUGCUACAAUGAUGAACAUAUCGUUAGAAAGUAUCAUAUUUUGAUUGAUUUAAUGUGACCCUAAUUUUCUUUUAUUUUUUUAUACAAAAACUGAGUAGUAAAGGGUGAUUUCUUCACAGUAUUCUCAUUUUUUUAAUUCCUGAUUUUGUAGGUUUUAUGAGCUGGAAACCCAAAUUAUGUAAAAAAAUAAACAAAUAAAUACUUGAAACUG